AAAUUAUAUGACCUAAUACCCUGAAGAGAGCUGUCGCGUGGUGCCAUAAACCCCAGAAAGAGAAAACAAAACACGAGCCUAUGAACGAACAUGGCCACUCACAACACCAGCGUCGUUUACAUACACACGAACCUCGAUACCCGCUUGGCGCUCCUCGUUUCCGAUCACGACACUGUCGCUGACCUCAAAAGGAGCAUUUUGUCCGAACACCCGCUAUGCUUUCCCCAAAUUGGGCAAAUUCAGAUUAAUGGGAUAAAGGUUAUGCGCGAGGGGCACUUUUAUCACCUUGUAGAUUCAAUGCCUGUGAGAAGUGCCUUUACUGGUUCCCUCCAGAGUUGGUUUGUCAGUGUGGAUGCUACUGUGGUGAGGGAGUGUUCUCAGAAUUACCAGGUGGCCACUCUCGGAAUUGUAAGUAAUGCUUUGACUGGUCGUGGUGAUAAUGCUAUCGGUUCUCCAUCCAAGGGUGUGUUGCAGUUGGAGAACAAACUAGUUGAGAAUGUAGAAGUUCCUGUUCCUAGUCCUUGUGUUUCACAACAUACUGGCAAAGGAGCUGGUGAAAAGUUGGAUACAGGUGUUAAAUCAUCUGGCGAAAAUAUUGAACUUCCAGGUUCAGCUAUCGAGUAUGAGGUUGAUGGAACCGAUAAAAACAUUGGGAGUGUUUGUGUUGUACGCAAGGAGAGAAAUAGUAAAUCUGUAUCAGAUUCGAGUAGAAAACGUAAAGGUAAAAGGAAAAAAGAAGACGCAUUUCGAGAUGACACUUCAAAUGUAGAUGAUGCUUCUGUUGUUGGGCUCAGUGAUUGUGCAAUUCAGCAGGAUAUCGAGGUUGUAGCGAAAACUUUGGAGAAUGCAAAUAAAGAAGUAAUUAUGGAAUUUGAAGUUUUGAAGGAGCAUCAGCAUACUGAUGGCAACAAUAGGAACACUAAGAGGGACCUUGACACUGCUGUGUCAAUGAAAGAAGCUUCAGAACCUGAACUUAUUUCAGAUAAGAAGCAUAAGAAAAGGAAGAGGUCUUUGAUUGAUGAUUCUAAAGAAUUAUUCAAGGAAGAGACGGCUGCUCAGAAGGAUGAAGCGCAUAAGUCCGAUGAAGCACAUGAGGAAAGGAAAGAAUUGAAGGAUCAGUUUGAACUUAAGAAUGAAAACUAUAGGUAUGGUGUUGAAUAUAAGGAUGAUAAGGUAACUGGAGACAUUUUAGAUACAGUAACUCCUGCAAAGAAAAAGAGGAAGUGCAGCAAAGAAAAAAGUUUGUCCAAGGCCAAGUUGAUUAAUGAUUUCAACGUAGAGAUUUCUUCUCAUCAUGAUUUGGAGAAGCUACAGAAGAUUAAAAACAGUAACGAUGACCAAUCAGCCGAAAAAUUUAGUGACACUGAUCCACUGAGAACUAUAUUGGAAGGUAGGAGGAGGAAAGGGAAGAAAAAUUCAUCAAAUCCUCAUGAAACACAUUUAAUUUCUUCUUUCAGGAACGUUGAAGAAGAAGAUCAUUCAAGCAUUCAAAAAGGUGGUCAGGAGGAAAUUUCUCUCCCUAAAGGGCCAGAUAUGAGUAUGGGCAAAACUACUAUUGACAACAUGGAGACUGGAACUGAUGCAUGCAAAGAAGACAUUCAAAGUACAGAAAAAACAAAAGGAAACUAUAACAACCAUGCUGAUAUUGAAAUAAUAGCACACCCUGCUAAUGUGGUCGGGCAUAUGGAGCUCACUGAGGAUAAUGGUAAAAACGAAGCUGGUCAGAUUGAAGGAGCUGAGGAAGGAAGAGAGUUAUCACAACAAAAUGAUCCUAAGCUAAUGCUGUUAGAUAAGUCCACACCAUCCAACCAGAACGACUCAAAUGCAAAAGUUGGAGAAUUAAAUGUGACUUCAAAAGUUGUGGAUGUGAAUGGAUCAACUGAAUCUAGAAAAUCGAAGAAGGAAAAAAAGAAGAAGAAAAAAGACAAGAAUUCAGGUGGAGAGUCCCCGUUUAGGGAAGGUACUGGCCAUGUGGAUGCUUCUGAGAGUAAAAAUGGUAUUAUGGAAAAAAAGAACAAGAAAAAAGAUAAGAAUUCAGGUGGAGAGUCCCCGUUUAGAGAAGGUUCUGGCCAUGUGGAUGCUUCUGAGAGUAAAAAUGGUAUUAUGAAGUCCAUUGGUGCAACAAAUUAUGAUCCUAAAUCAGGAAAUACAGAGACAGUGGAGAACCCUUUAAAUCAAAUAGGUGAAAAAAUACAGCAGGAGGAGAUGCAUGGGACUUCUGAUAAGGAGGUUGAGUUUAACAUUGAGAGUGCUGAACACACGGGCAAGAGACAGAGAAAAAAGUCAAAUGACAAACAGAAUUCUAUCUCAAAGAGUAUGUUAAAUAUGCUUUUGAAAGAUCAAGGUGAUAGUAAGAAUCUAUCAUCAUCUUCUGACCGUGAAACACAGGCCAAAUCUUCAGUUGCAGUGACAAAGAAACGUAACUCUGCAAGCACAAAGUCCUCUAAGAAAUCAUGCAAAACAAAUACGGAACUGGUGAAAGACUCUGUUAGAUUUGAACCUUCUGAUUCUCCGCAUAAUUCUGGGAGCAAGGAUGCAGUGCAGCUUUCAACACAGUCUCCUGGAGAGAAAGAUGAUGAUAAUUUGGAAGCACCUUCUAAAACUUUAAAGGUUAAUGCUGAUGAACAAUUUUCAUCCUGGAAACAGCCAGGUGAAACUAAUUUGUCAGAUGGCAUGCUUGUUGACAAGAUGAAUGAAACAGAGAUGAAAGAUAUUGAGACCAUGACCAGAAAUAACAUUCAUCAACUUGAAGCAACAAAUGGACAAACUCAUGCUAAGGAUUUAAGCUCCUCACAGAAAUUAUCAUCAAAGGAAGAGCUUGAUGUAAGGAUUCACCCUGGAGAGAAGGUACCAAAUCCACACAGGAGUGGACAAGAAUCAAAAGUGUCUGGUAACAGGACUGUGAUUGAAGAAAACAAAAAGACUCGUGUCAAAGCUUCUGAGAAAAAAAUUGAUUUGGAGAAACAAAGAAAACAUGUUCCUGUAUCAAAUUCAAAGCUGGAAGGUUCCAUAAAAAGGGUUCAAAAUAAAGCAGGAAAAGCUUCCGGGAAUAAUGUUCAUGGAGUUGUGGGUAAAACACCGCAAAAGAAGAGCUUGUUAUCGGGAGCAAUUUUCAAGGAUGAUAGUAGCAGCAGCUCUGACGGUGAAGAUGGUAAUUCUGGUGCCAGCACCAGAACUCCAUCAGAUAAUCCGCUAUUGUCUGAUGAAGACAGCAGUUCAGGUUCAUAUGGAGGGCAAAGUCUGGAAAAUGGUGGAAGAAUUUCCUCAAAAGCACAUUUGACAGAUACAAAAGAAAUGUCAAUCGAUGACGUUGUCAGAAGCUCAAGCUGGUUUAAGGAGGCUAAAAUGACAGCCUCUCAAUUGCAAGAGUCUCAAAGCCAGUCCCUCGAAUUUGUCCCAGACAGCCUGGUUGAUUGACAACACCUUCGAGCAGAAGAAAAGUAAAAGGACACCAACCACAACUGUGGUAUUUUUGUUUGUUUUUGUUGUGUCCUCACAUAGCUUCUUUCUCUUUUUUUCUUACCGUUCCAAAGACGACGGUAUUUUGGCAUUUUUAGCAUUUUUACCGAUCAAGCUGGCGGUUUAUGUCACACGAACCAAAUUGUUCUUUGUCGACUUAUGUCACCAGCCAAGUUAAUUAUAAUUAUGAGAACAAUGUGAUAUAUUACUACUAUAAUAUGUAUGUUACUACAAAUUCCUCUUA